AUGGGCGACAACGCCGACAGUGAAGGCAAUUUGAUUCAUUCGAUUUUGAACGACUUGAAGGUGGGAUUUUUCUCUUACUUUUGAUUCUUCUUCCUUUUAUAUUUUUCUAACCUAGACCCGGCGCUAAAUAUUUCUCUCUUUUACAGGGGAGCGCCCCGGUUUGGGAAGAUUUUGUCGGCAAAGCGAGUAAACUACACUCAGCGCUAAAGUAAGCUUGAUAGUAAACGUGUGUAAUAAUUUAACUCUCAUAUUUUAUAAUUUACGAGUUAUAAUUUAUUUUUUGCGAGAGAGUAAGAUGAUAGGCUUAGUUUGUUUUAAUUUUCCUCGAUUUAGGGCAACAGUUAUCGCAGCCGACUCCUUUUUGGACGCUUUUCAACGAGUUGCUGAUGUCGCGAAUUCGUCACGAGGUAAGGGUACUGUACUCUCCGGCACUUUU